AUGCUCCCUCUACCUAUCACGGCCCUCGCCCACCUUUUGCUCGGGCACCUGUUACUAACAACAGCCAUCGCCGGUCGGCUUCCCGAUGUGUGCGACAACUAUGAACCACUGUACGCAUCAAUCCACCGUGAUCUGGACAUCUAUAAACGCAACGCAGGCAUAUCACCGAAUUUGAUCUACCGGACCAUGGUCUUGCACAGCGCGGGGUACCGCGAGAAGGGCCUCGCGGUGGCGGUCUACCGCGGCAAGGUUUACAUCAUCUCCAACACACGGAGCAUCAGCUUGAAGCGCUUUGGACACCACGUGGCACUUUGGGUGGCGUACAUCAAAGUACUGCUGGACCUAGAGGAGAAGUACGGCAGUUAUCUACCGGACGUUGAGUUUGUGUGGCACACGAUCGACCGGCCCAUCCGGCUCGUCAACACGACCCCCGGGGGGGAGAACUUCCCGGUGUUUAGGUUCUGCAAGAGUGUCGUACAUCCCGAUAUCCUAGUCCCCAACUUCCACUUCUACAUGAAGCCCUACCAGCGGGAGUUCCUGGACCGCAUCCCCCACUUCAACGCGGAGGUACCUUGGGCGCAGCGCCGCCCCAUCGUGUUCGCCAGGUUCUCCGGCUACGUGCGCUACGUGCACCCGGGGGACCCCUCCGCACAGCGCCUGGGUGCGGGUGGGCGGCAGCUGUGCGAGGUGAAGGGAACCACCACCUCCAUCUGCCCGGUUCGGGAGCACCUCCACAACUGGGCGGCCAACUACACGUCUCCCCUUCGCUCACUGAAAGAAGUGUACGGCGUAUCCCUGUCGUACAGUGACGAUUUGGACAUCAGUAAGGACCAGCACUUGCCGAUGAAGGACCACAUGGAGUACCGCUACUUGCUACAUGUGGACGGGCAGGGUUUGUCCUCCAAGCUGGAGACGUUGCUCACCCUGGGCUCCUUGGUUAUGAAGGAGGAGUCGGGGUACAUGGCCUUCUACCACCACCUGCUGAAGCCAUUUGAGCAUUUUGUUCCAGUUUGGCGGGCGGGCACCGGCCCCGAAACCAUUCUGGAUGCUCUCGCCUGGGCUCGAACCCACGACGCCGAAGCCCAACGCAUCGCAGCAGCCGGCCAGGCGCUGACGGCGAAAUACCUCUCCUCAGAGGCCCGAGCCUGCUUCUGGCUCAAACUGCUCGAGGAGUACGGCAACACGCUGUCGUACAAGCCCGUUGAGUUUCGCAACCUCACGUUUGGGCCGGACGGGUGGGUCUCAGAGGGGAAAUGGCGGUACAUAAAACCCGCACGCGUCUUUCUUAAAGAGGAGCGGAAGGGGAAGUGGGGACCUCGCUGCUGCUGGGGCCUCGCCCUGGAUGUGGGUGGGGACUGCACGAGCGACUGGGCUGCAGUGGCGAUGCAGAGUGGCACCCACACAGCUGUCGCAAGCACAGCACGCUGUGCGAGAGAGCGAAAGACCAUGUCCAUGUCGGCUGCAGCAGUAAAACGGCAGGCGAACAUAAAUGCCGUCCGGCAUGAGGUUCCCGUGGCAAGUUCCUCCCCAUUUGGAGCAGGCUGCGGUGGCGCCGCCAGCCGCCGCGAGGCCUCCCAUUGGUCCGCGCUGCGCAGUAGGCUAUUUCCGGCCCUGCGCGUGACCCUGCUGCCAUUCACGGCGGCAUGUCUGGCGGCAGCGGCGGGCGCACAAGGGCAAUUCCAGCGGCCACCAGACGUCGCAGGCCUGCAUGGCUCCCAUCUACCGCCACGUGCGCCUUUCGCGACCCACGGGUCAAUCGUCACGGACUCCACCGCGGUACCAACGGACGUGCGCACGGCGCGGCAGAUGCUGGAAUCUCGCGGCUUUGUGCAUCCGGGUUUGCAACCCGGAGCGGCGUGGGGCGCACUGCCUGCGGCUAGCCCCGGGGGCUCUGGAGAGAUGCACGCCAUGUUCGAGUACCUGUUGCUUUUUCCAGCUUGA